CCUCCCCUCAGCCGCCUCCUUUGAAAUUCUCUUCUCACCUUUCCGGGUGGCAGACUCUUCCGGCAGCGGGUUUCUUUGGUCUUUUCCCAGCUUCACUUUACCCUGGUCCGGAGCUGUGGCGUCCAGACCGGAAUAAAACUGAUCCCUUGAUUCCAAAUCGGUAUUUCCUGUCUGCCCUCGCCCCCGCCCCCGCCCCCUCGGGGCGGUAUUGCUGGGCCACCCUCGCGGAUCGUCUCGGGCUCGGGCCGAGCCCCAGCCCUUGCUGCCGGGACCAUGACGCUCGCGGCAGAAAUAGGGCCCAUGGAAAUGCUUUCCUUCCUUGUAGGGCUCUUGGGUCUGAUGUUCUGGGUAGUGAUCUCGAUCAGUGGAUCGCCCUACGGCCGCUACGCCAGCGCCAGCCACGGCCUGCCUCUGCCAGGGAAGCUGGCGUGGGUCGUGCAGGAGCUGCCGUGCUUGCUGGUGCCCCUCUACGUGGUCACCUGCACCCCGGCCCAGCGCCUCAGCCACUGGCCCAAUCGCAUCCUCCUGGCCAUCUUCAUCAUCCACUACCUGCAAAGGUCAUUAAUUUUCCCUUUUCUGAUUCGUGGAGGAAAGCCAGUACCAGUCUUCAUAUUCUUGUUGGCAUUCAUGUUCUGUACCCUUAAUGGAUACUUACAAAGCGAAUACUUGAGUAAUUAUGCAGUAUACUCUGAUGACUGGGUAAAAGAUCCCCGUUUUAUCACAGGUUGUUCCAUUUGGUUAAUAGGGAUGUUAAUAAAUAUCUAUUCUGAUAAUAUCCUAAGAAACUUGAGGAAACCAGGAGAGACUGGGUACAAAAUACCAAGAGGAGGCUUGUUUGAAUAUGUUACUGCAGCCAAUUUCUCUGGAGAGGUGAUAGAAUGGUAUGGAUAUGCUCUUGCAAGUUGGUCCUUUGAAGGCAUUGCAUUUGCACUGUUUACAACUUGUAUUUUAAGCUCCAGAGCAAAACAACAUCACAGGUGGUACCUGGAGAAAUUUGAAGACUAUCCAAAGUUGAGGAAAAUCAUAAUUCCAUUUAUAUAUUAAGCACAUCAUCAGUGAAAUUUUCUCCUAUGUUCAACUUCAAGAGUGUGGAUAAUUUUCUCUGGGAAAUAUGUAUAACUAUCAUUUUUUUCCCUGAAUAAUAUUUCAAAGAAUCUUUUAAGAAAUUUUCCUGAGUAAAUUUCCAGAAGUUUGAAUACCAUGUUCCUAGAACUGAAUACAAAGGCUGCAAUCUCAGGCUCUCUGAGUUCUAAUUAUUUCUGAGGACACUGGUUUUGCAAAGCUUGAUGUUUUCACCUCACUUUGUGAACUCCUCAAGUGGAGGCACUGAUUCUUGCCUUUCUUGUAUAACCUGCUUAGAGAUUAGAGUUAGCUGUGCUAACAGCUCCUGGCACAUAGUAAGCACUUAAUAAAUAUUUUCUGACUAGCUAUGCCAGUGGUUUGGUCUUCAUAGAGCAAAUGGUUUCAAAUAAAACAUUUUUGCUUCCUG